AUGGAUGCACACGCGAUCCGCCCGCGACCACUUGGGCAUGCUGCCCCUCAGCGUGUUGGGUUUGUUCGACGCAUGGUCUCGAUGCCGCUCAUGAAGCAAACUCAUGAUACAACAUUCUCGUCUGGUUUCCAUCGACUUUCAGAGGAAGACCUAGAUGACCGUUUCGCGGACCACUGCCCACCGGUUACCACGCCUCCCAUUAUUCCAGAGUAUGACAAUGCCCAUACCAAACAAUUCAUCAAGGAGUACGUGAAGGACCAGCUUCAAAUUAGCACGACCAAGUCCAGUGAUGGUGCGAGUGCAUCACGGUCUUACAAAAAACCCAGUCUGCGCACGGAUUUGUUGAACUGGUUUAAGGAGAAGCACACGUUGAAGUUCACGAGACACCCUUCUGCAUCCUCAUCUGGGAGCGGACUUGAUCCGGCCAUGACAUGUAGAGGAUUACCGAGCAUGAUGCUUGAUGAGGAGAUCACACUUAUAAAUACAUCAACCAAUUCUCCCCCCAUUUCACCAACGUCCAGUAAAACUUCACAAACAUUCCAACAGACCAGGACACAAAUUAGUGAUAGAAAGGACUCGUCUAAUUUGAAUAACCUUGAUACAGAUGCCAACGACGAAUCUCUCCAGCGCUACAAGCAAUCCCUUGGUCUAAGCGGCGGAAAGGAUCUAUCCGAUCCCAACGACCCUCGUGUUUGCAUCAUCCACUCUCUAGCUAUGGAGACCUCCGGUCGUGCUCCUGUCGUUAUCGACCUAUCUGCUCCCGGUAGCGAGAGCACCCUCAAGGAUCGCCCCUUCAAGAUUAAGGAGGGCAGCAAAUUCACCAUGGUUGCCACCUUCAAAGUCCAGCACGAAAUUCUCAGCGGUCUCCAGUACGUCCAGGUUGUCAAGCGCAAGGGUAUCAAAGUCAGCAAGGAUUCCGAGAUGCUGGGAAGCUAUGCCCCGAACACAGAUAAGCAGCCCCUGUACAGCAAGCGCUUUCAAGAGGAAGAGGCUCCUUCCGGCAUGCUUGCCCGAGGCCACUACAACGCUACUUCUAGCUUUGUCGACGACGACAAGAAGACUCACCUGCAGUUCGAAUGGAGCUUCGACAUCGGCAAGGACUGGUAG